GGGAGUCCGUGGAUGGUACCCCGGUCUGCACUGAGACAGCUCUGCUUAACCUAGGAGAACAGGUGCCUGAGAAGGCCCAGCUCCCCGUGGGCCAGGCAGGCUGGCUGUGUUUGAUAGCCUUACCGUUGCAACAUGGAUUCUGUCCUGCGGGGAUACAGCUCGCAUACGGAAACUCCAAGCCAAGGAGAAUGCCCUGGAGGCGCGAGUGAGGCAGUUAAAACAGGAGAUGGAAAUGGCGCCUUGCCGCGAGCCCGAGGAUGCUGAGGACGGGGACGUGGAGGACGCACGCCCUCUCCAUGCUCAGCCAGUAAUCCACUCAAAGAUCUAGAGCAGGCUGCUAAUUCCCUGCAGAAGCGUCUGACAUCAUGUGGUUGGGCAGCCAACGAUGCCAAAGUCCAGGGACCUGGCUUAUCUGUCAAAUUCUUGAGGGUUGUCUGGUCGGAUGGAGUGUGGCGAAUAAUGUUGUGGACUGGGCUCACACCUAUGCUGAGGUGGCCAAUGUGUCUAACUGCUGGGUGUGCACAGAACUGCCUAGCAGUGCAGCAGAAGGCUUGCCAUGGCACAUCCACCCUGCUUCAGAAGGGAACUGGAACUGGCUGCGUUCCUGGGGACCCGCCAAUGCUCAGUGGGACCAAAGAAGGCGCCAGGUGGACCAGCAGUUUCAUCGACAACGUGGACAUACAUGGCCUUGGGUGACCCCGAGCCUCUGGGAUGGCUAUGGGUGGUUACCUGGGGAGGCUGUUGUGCUUCGCACAUCUGUGCCCCUGUGCAUAGAGCAACAGAAGGGGAAUGCGAUAGCAGGGUGGGUACCCGAGGAACUGUGUCAGAAGAUCCAGCGAGUGACCCGGCCCAAAUAUUGGUGGAAUGCCCGUCCGUAUGUGGGGACAGUCCCCAUUGACAGAGUGCCCGCGGGCAGUCUCUGGGUCUGUGGUCAUUAUGGAUGGCCUUAUCUCCCGGCCAACUGGACAGGGCGCUGUACCUGGGGGUGGCCCUACCUCCCGGCUACUGUUCGGAGCACCUUGGAUGUGCUCCCUAGCAAUUGGGAGAGGGUCAAAGGCUGCUAUCAUCGGGAGAAACAAACGCCCUGGUGGUUUUACCCCCUGACUGUUCUUAGUCCAUCCAUGGAGACUAUUGCUGUGGAGUGGCAGGUUACUGCCUUAGCAGAGUAUACCACCCGAGCCCUCAAUCAUACUACCCGAGCCCUGUCUCUCUUAACUGAUGCGGUAGACCAGACCCGGAAGGUUGUGUUGCAGAACCGCAUGGCCUUAGACAUUCUUACUGCAGCACAGGAGGGGACCUGUGCAGUUAUUGAGGUGCAAUGUUGCACGUUUAUACCAGAUAAUGCAAGGAACAUAUCACAUGCCUUGCAACAGGCCAAGGAAAUCUCAUGGAUCCAGACAGUGACAAGAGAUCCCCUGAAAAAAUGGUGGUCUAAGUUGUCUUUCUCGUGCCGGUCGACUCUCGCCACAUUAGGAGGUAUAACCUGUCUCUUAGCGGUUCUUUGCUGUUCUCUGUACUGUUGUUGUAAAAUGUGGGUCCAAGGUACUGGGCUGUAUGGCUUUAGCUCCUUCAGGCUCCGCUCACUGCAGAAGUCUAAUGGGGGUAGAGUGAAGGGGGAUGGAGGUACUGUGGACAAUCAGACCAGAGCAGCUUCCAGGCAGUUGUGACUCAGCAUGUCCACUGCAGGCAGCGCAUGUGCUGACCAUGUAUAUAAACAUCUUAUGUAACCUGAAUAAUGUAAACAUUGUCUGGCUGUUUGCCACUUUUGUCUAGUGGUCAUAUAAAAGCAGCCACAAGGGGAGCUGUUGCACUUCACUCCCAGGGUCUGUUGGCCAAAGUGAUUAAAGAGUAUGUCUG